GGCCGCGCUCCCGCUGCUGCGCUGCCUGGGGCGGGCGGCCCUGCGCACAUCCCCGCACACGGCUGCCUUGCGCCGAGCCCUGCACCUCCUGUCCCGGGCGUCCUGGCCCCAGCGUGGCUCGACACCGUUCCGGAGGGCUGCGCUGCGGUGCGCUGUACGGGCGGUGGGGACCGAACAGCCAUCCCCGAGCGGGACUGCCUUGCACCCAGCCCCGCUGCGCCCAUCCCGGGGAGCUGCCCUGCGCCGGGAGGGCGGCCAGCACCCAUCCCAGUGGAAGCGGGCUGCUCCUCUCGGUCAGCACCUAGCCCGGCGUGCGGGGGCUGCAGCGCCCAGCUCCGCUGUCCCCAGCGUGCGGCGGCCCGGGGCUGCCGCUUCUUCCCAUCGCCGCCGGCCGGCUCCUGGCUCCCGCCUCGUUUCAUGGUCGUGGAGAGGGAGGAAAAAUCCCAAACCAGCUGCGUAAAUGAGUAUGGAAGAUUAUGAUUUCCUCUUCAAAAUUGUUUUAAUUGGCAACGCCGGGGUGGGGAAGACCUGCUUAGUCCGUCGCUUCACUCAGGGUCUUUUCCCACCAGGGCAAGGAGCCACAAUUGGAGUUGACUUUAUGAUUAAAACUGUGGAGAUAAACGGUGAAAAAGUAAAGCUGCAGAUCUGGGACACGGCAGGGCAGGAGCGGUUCCGAUCCAUCACGCAGAGCUACUACCGCAGCGCCAACGCGCUGAUCCUGACCUAUGACAUCACCUGCGAGGAGUCCUUCAGGUGCCUGCCCGAGUGGCUGCGCGAGAUCGAGCAGUACGCCAGCAACAAGGUCAUCACCGUGCUCGUGGGUAAUAAGAUUGAUCUAGCUGAUAAGAGGGAAGUCUCUCAGCAGAGAGCUGCAGAGUUUUCUGAAGCACAGGACAUGUACUAUCUGGAAACGUCAGCAAAAGAAUCGGAUAAUGUGGAAAAACUCUUCCUGGACUUGGCCUGCCGGUUGAUCAGCGAGGCACGACAGAACACCCUUGUGAACAAUGUCUCAUCCCCCUUACCAGGAGAGGGGAAAAGUAUCAGCUACUUGACUUGCUGUAAUUUUAAUUGAAGAGCUGGCAUGUGAUUGCCCCUUCUGCCAUGGGCCAAGUGGAUUUUUUUUUUUUUCUAUGCUGGGAUUUAUCUACUUGAAGGAAUUCCUGCCAAUCUGACCCAUCUGGCUUACUCAGAGUCAGGUUACAGUCCUGGAAACAUGGCAGGCUGAUGGCUCCAGCUGCAUAGCAUUGUAGCAGAAUACAACAGGGUUUAAAUUUCAUUUUUCUUGCAGUCUGUGGAGCAGGUUGGAAAAGGAAGAGUUGCACAAGUGCUUCAUGUAAUGCAGAGCAUGAGCUGUUUUGUUUCCUUCUGUGGGAGAGUAGACCAGCCUUUCUUGAAGAUACUGAAGAGAUCAAAAUCUCUCUUACACCACAAUGUGUUUGACCCUUUUUCAAGUAAAACAAAGUAAGAAGAAACGCAACAAUGAACGCUGACUUUGGGCUACACUGGCAAUCUUCUGGGCUGUCAGCAAGCAAGCUCUUAGGAGUGUACAUAACGUCUGCGUCUCCAUGGAGGACUCUGGUGUUUGAAAUAGUAUUAUGUCUGUCAUCUUCAGGCACUUUCAUGAACGUGGAAUAAACAAAAAAGUUACAUAUAACAGCGUUUUCAAGAUGAUGAAGACAUGGAUACAGCUCAGUUGCUCCCUUUGGUGCUAGCAGUUCAGUAAAUAUUCCAUAGGCCAAAUGUAGUCUUACCACAUUACUGUCUUCUGAAUGUGUAACUUAGACUGGUUAGGAAAAAAACACUAAUAAGCACUGUUCAUAAAAAUAAUAAUAAUAAAAAAAAUCUCAUUACCUCUUUUUCUAGGCCUAAAUAUAGUGGGAAAAGACUGUGUGCUUCUUUGAUAUCCAACAAAGGAUGAAAAGACUUUCCAGAAAUAUAAAUAAAUAAAUUAAUUAACCAUUCCUCCUGUAAUUAGUCAUGUCCUGAUGUAGAAAGUUAGCCUUGGGUAAGAUUAUUGGUGGACUUGGCAAAAGUGCACCAGUCAUGACCACAGUUGUGUGUGUGCGUGGAUGGUGUAUGAGGGUUCAAAGGAAGCACAGUGUGAACUGGCACUCCACAAUGUGUCCAGCUGAAAAACAAAACAAAGCCUGUAGAUACAGCUCUUGUUGGAAGGCAGGAGUACAAAUUUGUGGAGGGUUUGUUUGAUGGUCCGUGGAAAGAGCAAUGAGUUGCGAGUGGUGUCCUUCCAUGUCUGCCCCAUCCAGCUCUCACCUUGUGGAACUGCUCUCAAAGCUGCUCUUGAAGGUCACUUCUUUAGGGUAGCUUCUACGUUCAGGGCUGUAGAGUCGAUGCUUUGUACCCUUAAUCCCAAACUCUGGUACAUGUAACUUCUUCCUGCAGAACUUCUGAAGUGGAAGCACCCUGGAGUUGAUGUUACUCCACCUCUAGUGCCAUACAGUGCAUUGCAAAUUUACGUGUUGGCAUGGAAGCGAAACCAGAAGAUAGUGAAUGUGCACAUAAACAAUUACAUGUAGGGAUUUGAGUUCAGUUUAGCUAAUCUGGAUAAAUCUCUCCUGGCGAUUACAUGGCUGUGAUAUGCUGCAAUUUAGAGUUAAUAAAUUUAAUAUUGUUUGGCUUUUACUGAAGAUUGUAACAGAGCUUUUGUAUUGACAUAAAAAACUGCCAGUAAGUACUUCUUGAAAAAAAAUAGUAAUUAAAAAAAGAGGCAUUUUGCAUUGCUUUUUUUGUUUCAUGGAAAGAUUUCUUUGGGUUGUAUCAUGUUGUGCCUUUGAUAUGUAAUGGGGAGUUGACUCUAUGUCAGAGAGAGGGAGGGAUUCGUUUGUCAUAUGGCCAUUUUUAAUAUAUUUUCUUGCUAAUUUUAGAUCAUUUUUAUGAUUAGUGGCAAAAGGAAGAUGUAGAAUUGUGGUAUGAAGCUUGUUUGUCAUUUAGGUAGCAUUUAGCAAAGCGCUUCUGCAAGUGCGAGAUGUUGGGGAACACAUCAUCUGCUGCUCUGCUGUGGUCCAUUUCAGGCUCUACUCAUUGUAAUCUGGAGGAUUUGGAAAUGUGUGGGACUUGGUGGCUUCUGCUGUGGUGGACCAUGUGAUACAACCUGUGCUGAAGAGCAGUCUCUUUGUUCUUGAGCAUUCCCCAAAUUGCCAAAUGCAGCUUCACUUGAGCUUGUGAAGAGCACCCAACUCCAAGACAGCUGAUUCUGAGCUGAGCCCUUAGGUAGCUCUUUAGAGCUGGGCUCAGGGUGUUCCAUGGCAGGUAAAACUCAAGUUAAAAAUCAAUACCAUGUGUAUUUAAUUUGUCGUAGCUCUUACUCCCUGAACCUGGACCUGUCAGCAUAUAAUUGAUAAUAAAUAGGGCAGGGCUCUUUGAUCAGCUUCAUCAAGGGGGAAGGAGACUGCCCAAUAAAACACCCAUGGGUUAUUCAGCCUGGUUUCCAAAAGGUCAGAGCUGGGCAGGUACUUUUCAUCCCUGCCAAGUAGCACUAUAAAUGCAUUUUAAAGUGCUCUUUGCACCAUUUCUGGAGCUGGAAUGUGACUGAACAAGCUGAUAGAAGAAAUUGCUAAUUUUAUUUUUUUAUAUUUACUUUGAGAUUUCUAGAAACAUAAAUCUUUUCCCAGUGCUUUCUCAAUCUGUAGGUGAUUAUUUUGGAAACUAGCUGCCUACUAGCGGCCUCAAAGCACCGGCUGUUUUUAUUGCUAGUGAAUCUUUGUGUAGGGACUCCAUCUCCAGACAGUGCUGUGCUUUUGUGGCAGGGUGGAGUGCUGUGGUUGGGCUGAUGUUCAAGUGAAUGACCUGACUCCUCCAGUCAAAUUUGAAUUUAUUCCUUUCAGUGUUUAUCUGUGUAGACUUAAAACGUUGAAAGGAAAUUGGUGGUAUAUGCAAUGCUUUUUACAUGGUCACAGACUGUGUAAAGCUGUAGUUUGAAACUGACUUCUCUUUCUGCUGUUUGCAAACAUGCCUGUUGUUGAAGUGAUGUUUUCUUGUAGUAAUUCCUUUACUGGAGUUACUUUUGUACACCUUGGAAUAUCUCUGUAGUGCAUACAGCCAAACUUUCCUUGUAGCACUGAGGGCUUAUCUUCUCUUCUACAGUCUGAUUCAUUCACUGCUGAAGGCUUCCCAACUGGAAGAGGAACUUUAUCAACUGCAGAGUCCCGAAAAACAAAAAGUCCCAAUUAUGUGAUAAUCGGCUCUCCAAAUAAACACCUUGCUAGAUUUUUGAGAGAGCUGUCAGUAAAAGCCUUGUGAUGCUUGCUGGACAAAAUAUCCAAAACCCAUGCAGAUUUGAUAUGCAACAGGGCCAAAUUUGACUGGGAAUGUUCUCUACUAUCACGAGAGCCAAGCCUUUAGUGAGGUUGCUGGAUUUGAAUGUGUUUUGAGGGUGAUGUAGUCAACAGCCAUGGAGUAAUCUUAUUUCUGGCUGAAUGUUAAUUUUUGUAGUAGUCCUGUAAUGAGACCCUUUCAUGACAUUUUUAGCACAAUGAUUAUGUCCAGCAGAAUAUUGGAUGAUGAACAGACGUUUUCUUAAUCUAGCAAGCCUGUUUGCGGAGAUUAACAGAAGCAUCUCUGAAAAUCGGAUGGUCUAAACUCUGAUUUCCAGUGGGAGCCACUGAUUCAGUCAGGCUGAUCUUGAGUAAACCAGUGAACAUUCAGUGCUUCAGAUCACUGGAUGUGAAGUACUUGCUGUGGAGUUUUGCAUUGGGUGUUGACACUGAGAGUUUGCUGAGACAAGCCAUGACUCCCUUCUGUCUGUAUUAGUGUUCUGCCAUGAAAGUGCUAGGGGACAAAAAACAAAUCAGAAAAAAACCCCAUGAGGUCAAAGAAAUAAGAUGGAAAAAAUGAAAUUAUGAGCUCUGUAAAGGAAGGGGAUGCUGGGUGCCUCUUCCUACCUCGAGCCCUGAAGUCUUGAUGUGACCUCCAGGUAAGCUGUUUGAGUAUGCAGUCAGAUACCUGUUUGUGCUGAGUGCUAAAUGGCUCUGUGAUCAUUAUGUAAUGAAAAGUACACAUGACAAAUUAUCAGGCAAGAUACUUUGUUCUUUGCUGUAGAACACAUGAAACAGCCCUUAAAAUCUGUCUGGUGCUGUUUGUGUUUUUUUGGAGAUGGCUGUCUUGGUAGCAGUUGGCUCCUGCUAGUCUAGGUUUAGCAGUUUAUGGCUAUUGAAUUCCUUCAGCAUCAGUAAUAACAGCAGCAGACAGGGGCUGACACAGGAGACAGUGAUUUGAAAAGAGGGAAAGUCGAAGUUAGCGAUGCAGAAGCACGGUGGGUGCACACACAUGGGACAACAGGCUUUCCAGAGCUUCUGCUGACAAGGGAUGCAAUUAGUUAGAGUCAAAUCCACUGGGUUUUGCCUUGUUUGUUAUCCCUAAGGACUGCCAUUUGUUCGGCUGCUUUUCCACUUCUCUUCUCAGUAUGAGGGGCUGUCUGUAAAUCAGGCUGAAAUGUUGAGCUGGCAUGAUUCCUGCAGUCAGAAACUGAAUUCAGUUGGGAAAUAGGUGGAAUUCUCUAGCUAUUGAAACAGGCUGAGCAAACAUGCAGGAUGUGCUGCCCUUUGGGAACCUCUGGUGCCACUGGGGUCAGAUAUGGCUAGAGACACUGUCACAGAAACCCUCUCCUGGCUGUGGGCAGAUGAAUGCUACAGCUAUUUCUGCAAUGGAAAGAUGACUUUCUGGAGUAGAAAGUGCAAGUAAAGAGAUGAUUCCACAUGCUCAAGGUUUUUCUCGAUCCUAUCCUCUUUUAAAAUUGCAUAUGUGGAUUGGAUUUUGAUUGCUCUGGGCUUUCAUAAAGGUUUGCUUUGAAAUUUAGUUUGAAAUUCUGCAUUCUUUUACUUUUAGUGUCAAAGCAUCCAAUAACCUUAUGUGAUUGGCUCCUACCAACAAAGUCCUUUUUUUGAGUUAAUUCUGUUAGAAAAAGGUGUUUCUAGAGGAUACUUUGUGAAUUCCCAGUGAGCAGGUAUGGAAACUGUACUUUUUUAAAUGUCUCUGUACAUAAGGGCUCACCAGAAAACCGUCUGGAGCCAAAGGAAAUACUCCAAUCAAUUCUAGUAGUGAAAACCCUGUUAGAUCAAAAUCUUUUCUUCCUCUUUUUAUAAAUUUUGUUAUCUCAGCAUAUUUGGGGUUUGACAUGACCCUUUUUCCUUGCAUCAGUUCUGUCCACUUGUUGCUGUGGGUAAUAAUUUUUGUAGCUGCUGUUCAAGGAUCAUCAUUUUGAAGGACAUUGUCUUAUGAUGAUGAAUGGUGGGGAAACAAUAGCUUGAUUUCUUAUCAGCAAAUAGUGCAUCCUAAGCAGAGCAGCCUCAACUGGAACUGGUGAUGUCGUUGAAAUGCAAUCAUCCACUUGAGCUGUAGCUAAAUGUACCAUAAAUGAUUACUGAUCUCACAUCUGCCCCCGUGUAGGAUUUGUCUUGGCUGGGAAAGAAGACAGCAGGGUAGUCAUGCUGACGGUGAUGCAGAGCUCCCAAAGCAGCACGCUGCCUUGCUCUGACCCCUCUAAGCACCACCUCACUCACCUGACCCAGAGCUGCCUUUGCUGUACUGAACCACGUCCAGCUGGGAUAGAUCACCAGCUGCUGUCACUCACAGAUGCCAUCACAACCUUUCCUCUCAUGUCAACGAGCUGUAACUUAAACCAUGUGAGUCACAGGUGUGUGUUUCUUUACCAGUGGGAGCCACAUAUCCAGAAAAACAGCCGCAUCUCUGAAGCUUGCUCCUUCAAAUACAGUCAAUGGGAUAACUGGGGGAAGAUAACACAGACAGAGCAAAAAAUGAGAUGGCAGUGAGUGUAAUUUAGGCUGUGAAUGUUGUCAGUGAAAAAUUAGACUAGUUUUGAGAGCACAGCCAGGGUCAACAACUCAGCUUAUCUGUCUGGAUGAACAGGAGCUGGGUUUACAAUUCUCAGACAUUGUCUCUGUUUUCACAUUAAUAGAUUGCAAUUAGGACUUGGUGGAUGUGACCACAUAUUUUGAACAAGUUAUCCUUUUCCAGUAAGCUCAGAAGAGAAUUUUAGGUCUGGUUAGUGCUACAAUAUUACUCAAAACCAGAUACCAGUUUUACAUUUGCACUUUUGGUUUUUCCACUUCUGCUUAUCUUGGGAUAACAUUCUCAAGGACAUGCACACUUGUGAGUACAGGGUGGUGGUGCAUUGCUGGUGAGCAUUUUCUGAAUGCCUGGUCCUCGGGCAAAAAAUGACAUGGCCAAAACCUGUGUCAAUCAUGAUUUUAGCUGUGCACGGUUCCCUGGGGCAGAGGGGAUGGUAAAAGUAUUCUUAUGCUUUCAUGGGCAGCAGUCAAGGGCUCUGGAGUGUCUGGUGUCACAUGAAUGCAAACCUCGGCACUUUUCAAAGCUUGAUUCCUCUGGCACCUCUCAUCAAUGAAUCUGCUCUUCUCUCAUUACUGCUCAUGCCUCAAGCACUGUGGAGGGAUGAUCUGAUUGCAUGAACCGCUGGAUCUGACUCCUGCUUUAGUUAGAACAAAGAGCAUCAAAGGCUCAUUUUCUGUGCCACCUCGAGCUUCUUUGUAUGGAUGUAAAGUUAAUAAUUCAAUAAGCCAUUUCCAGCCAGGACACCCCUUAAGGGAUACUUCCUUUCUUACAGGACCAAUAGAAGAGAUUCAGACAUUAAAAACUGGUGGGAGUUUGGUGGAAAUGAGUUGCUUUCUAGUGAGCAGGUGGGUGCUGCUCUCCAUCCAGUGAGACUUGGGGAGGUGAGGAGGAGCUGUGGCUAGGGGGUGCUGUGAAUGUCUCUGAGGGCUGGGGUUGCAUUAUUGGCACAGAGCUUUAGUAAAUGUCGUGUUCCAGCAGCUGAGUCUUUACAGAAGGGCAAACAGGCGAGGGAAUACCAGUUUUACAUUUUCAUAGAGGGGAAAUAAAAUUCUUGGUCUCUGGUGGGGAGAGCUGCCAUGAUUUCGGGCACUAUCAUUGCCUCGGCUCUUGUGGACUGUUGGGAAGAAAGGGUUACCACUCACCCCCACACACAGCCAGCACUGAAGGGGGAAAAACUACUUCUGAAGCCAACAUUUUGGUGGAGUAAAGUCCCUCUAAUGAGAGUAUGGAGCAAGCCCAGCACUUGUUACUAUGCUGAUUGGGAGUGACAAGUAUAUCUCUGGAUAUUAGGGAAGUAGUUUAAAAUAUGCCAUCGUUUUUAGCAUAAUACGAUGCACUGCAGAUAUGUCACAUCCAUUUUAUUCUCCACAGCUGUUUACAAAAGGAAAAAAAACCCCAAACCCUGAGAUUGGAGCAGCUGCAGUCACUCAGCUGUCAAUAUGGGACAAGGCUCUUUCUGCUCUUUUAUUUCCACUUCACUCUGUUCUGCUGCACAUAUUUGGCUGUUCUGUGAAUUUGCAGAUCAUGAGAUUUUUUUUCAAACUUCUUUUGAUCUAUACAGAAAGACUCACCCAGUUCUCAUUUAAAUUCAUUAAUACUUUGAGUAGGCAUUUUAAUUUUAUGUUUACUGGCUUGUUUCCCUUUGUAAUGUUAUCUAACUGACAAGUUUGUCAUGCUCUGCAUUACCUUUAGACUUCUGAAUCUAAAACAUUUCCUCUUUCCUGAAAGCUAUGAUAAUUUUUAGAGAUGCUACAAAGGCAUCUUCAUUUCCUCAGGAGAAAACCUGAAUUACCCUCAGCUUUGAUUACUAUCAAAUCAACAUGGAAGUACAUGAUUUCUUUUACAGCAUGAACAAAGUAUGCUUUAUACCAUCAACUAUAGUUUGAAUUGUAGUUUAAAAAUCUGCUUAGGCACUAACAGCAGCAUUUUGUUUGUGAUUCCCAUGCCAGGGAAGUCACAGCAUUAAAGGAAUUUUCUGUGUUGGAGUUUUUCCCACAAAGGUCUGCUGUCUUUUCACCAACAAUUGUGAAUUUAGCACAAUGUACAGACUUUUAGCAAGAACCCUGAUUCCUAAACAUUUGGCCAGAAGAAUGAGGAGAGGAUGUGGUUUUUGUUGAUCAAGCACAACCACUUCAGUGGAAAAAAUGCACUACAGCUGGUCAGACAAUUGAUCUCAUUGGUGUGGUAGUGCUGUCUUUGGGGAGGGUAUAGGUGUUAGCAAAUCACCAAACUGUGAACCAUUCACUGUCAGAAGCAUUUGGCUUGUCUCUUCUUUAAGUUCUUGUGGUCAAGUGUGGUACAGUGGGCUUGAGAAAGGAAUGUGUUUUGGAUUGACCAGGAUGAUGAAUGUAUGAUCCUUCAUGUUUAUUUGUAAUGUCCUUUUUAUACUUAGAAAUUGCUGACAUGUGUAUCUGUAUGUAAAUAAAUGUUUAAUCCUUUCCA